UGGGGCCUAUCUCAGGCCUCGUGCUUCCGCUCCAGCCAGUUUACCAAGCCUGCAGCCGGCCCUCGGCACCUUUGCGCGGGCGCACGACAACUCUCUGCCCCAGGAACCUUAGGUCUCCGGUCGCCGUAGUCAUCCGGGCCGUUCGGAGGCGCACACCUUCCGGGCCGUGGUGGGCAGCGGACCAGAGCGGUCUCCAAGGUGGAGCUCCCUGGCUCCGUGGUCCCGGGAUGGAGCACGUGACGGAAGGCGCUUGGGAGACGCUCCCGGUGCCUCUGCACCCGCGAGUGCUGGCGGCACUGCGUGAGCUCGGUUUCCCCUACAUGACGCCGGUCCAGUCUGCAACCAUCCCUCUGUUUAUGAAAAACAAAGACGUAGCUGCAGAAGCUGUCACAGGCAGUGGCAAAACGCUGGCCUUUGUUAUUCCCAUCUUGCAAAUUCUGCUGAAGAGGGAAGAGAAAUUAAAAAAAAUGCAGGUUGGAGCUAUCAUUAUCACACCCACACGAGAACUUGCUAUCCAGAUCAAUGAAGUACUAUUACAUUUUUCUAAGCACUUUCCACAAUUUAGCCAGAUUCUUUUAAUCGGUGGUAGGAACCCAGGUGAAGAUGUUGAGAGGUUCAAAGAACAAGGCGGGAACAUCAUAGUUGCCACUCCAGGCCGCUUGGAGGACAUGUUCAGGAGAAAGGCAGAAGGGUUGGAUUUGGCAAAUUGCGUGAAGUCCCUUGACGUUCUGGUAUUGGAUGAAGCAGAUCGCCUUCUGGACAUGGGGUUUGAAGCCAGUAUAAAUACCAUUCUGGAAUUUUUGCCAAAGCAGAGGAGAACAGGCCUCUUCUCUGCCACUCAAACUCAAGAGGUUGAGAACCUAGUGAGAGCUGGUCUUCGGAAUCCUGUCCGAAUUUCAGUGAAAGAGAAAGGAGUGGCAGCCACUAGCACCCAGAAGACUCCCAGCCGCCUGGAAAACUACUACAUGGUAUGCAAAGCAGAUGAGAAAUUUAAUCAACUUGUGCAUUUUCUCCAAAAUCACAAACAGGAAAAACACCUGGUGUUCUUCAGUACUUGUGCCUGCGUGGAAUAUUAUGGAAAGGCUCUAGAGGCCCUCAUUAAGAAUGCAAAAAUUAUGUGCAUUCAUGGGAAGAUGAAAUACAAACGCAAUAAGAUAUUCAUGGAAUUUCGCAAUCUACAAAGUGGUAUCUUAGUGUGCACUGAUGUGAUGGCCCGGGGAAUAGACAUUCCUGAAGUAAAUUGGGUUUUGCAGUAUGACCCACCUAGCAAUGCAAGUGCCUUUGUGCAUCGCUGUGGACGCACAGCCCGGAUCGGGCACACUGGCAGCGCACUUGUGUUCUUGCUUCCCAUGGAAGAGUCCUAUGUCAACUUUCUCUCCAUUAACCAAAAAUGUCCCCUGCAGGAGAUGAAGCCUCAGAAAAACCCAGCCGAUCUUCUCCCCCAGCUGAAGUCCAUGGCUCUGGCAGACAGAGCGGUGUUUGAGAAAGGGAUGAAAGCUUUUGUGUCUUGUGUCCAGGCCUACGCAAAGCACGAAUGCAAUCUCAUCUUCCGAUUAAAAGACCUAGAUUUUGCUAGUCUUGCUCGAGGUUUUGCCCUACUCCGGAUGCCCAAGAUGCCAGAACUGAGGGGAAAACAGUUUCCACAUUUUGUGCCUGUUGAUAUCGAUACAGAUACCAUUGCAUUUAAAGAUAAAAACAGAGAAAAACAAAGACAGAAAUUUCUUGAGCAACAAAGAAAAGAAAAAAAAGAAAAUGAAGGGAGAAAGAAAUUUAUCAAGAACAAAGCCUGGUCAAAGCAGAAAGCCAAGAAGGAAAAGAAGAAAAAAAUGAAUGAAAAGAGGAAAAGAGAAGAGGAUCUAGAUAUUGAAGAUGAAGACAUGCAGGAGCUGCUCAAUGACACGAGACUCUUGAAAAAGCUGAAAAAGGGCAAAAUGAGUGAAGAGGAGUUUGAGAAGAAGUUGUUGGCAGGCAGCAAAGGGCAGGCCAAGGAUUUGGGGUUCUUGGAUCUGGAAGGUGAUGACGGCUGACCAAAGGAGGGCCAUGUGGUGUCUGGAGGACAAUCUAACAAGUUCAAGGAAGGGCUUGGUGGGUGGAGUAACUCCACACUCCUAGGGGGACAAGGCCCACCUGCUCUGGUUAUGCCUCAGGUGGAGAAUUUUGGCUGAUAUCUGUGCAGAACCCUAUCUCAGUCUGCUCAAGAGAGAACCACAAAUCCAAAGAGCAAUUUCUGCCUCUGACUUCUCAGUCAGAUCGAGAGGAACAAACAACAUUUUUGUUGUGUAAAUAAGUGUUGAAAUUUAUUUUUUCUAUAGCUUUCUUGGAGCUAGUUUAAGAAAUAAAGGUCAUGAGGGGCAGCCGGGUGGCUCAGUGGAUAGAGAGGCCUAGAGACGGGAGGCCCUGGGUUCAAAUUUGAACCCAGACACUUCCCAACUGUGUGACCCUGGGCAAGUCACUUAACCCCCCACUGCCUAGCCCUUACUGCUCUUCUGCCUGAGAACCAAUACACAGUAUUGAUUCCAAGACAGAAGGUAAGUGUUUAAAAAAAUAUAUAAUAGAACACUUGAUUGUCAGCUAUCAAAUUGUAUAGUUUUCCUACAACUUUUAAUCAGGAAUUUGACUUCUCUUGUGGAAAUUUCCCCUGGAUCCAAGUAGGUGGAGCCUAUAUGGAGUGAUUCCCCCCCCCCCCCCCCCAUCUUUUGGGGAAUCAUUCAGAAGGGGAAUGGAUACUUAUAGAAAACAGAAAAGGUGAACCACUUUUCCCAGGGGAAAUUAUUCAGGAGUACUUGAUUUUUUGUAUUGUUGACCUUCAGUAGUGUCCAACUAUUCAUGACUCCAUUUGGGUUUUUCUUGGCAAAGAUACUGGAGUAGCUUGUCAUUUCCUUUAGCUCAUUUGACAGAUGAGGAAACUGAAGCAAAGUCAGGUGGCUUCCCUAGGGCCACACAGCUAAUAAAUGUCUGAAGCUGGAUUUGAAUUCAUGAAGAUGAAUCUUCCUCACUCCAGGCCUGGUGCUUCAUGCACUGCACUACCUGAAUGGUUUGUAUCGACAGAGCCACAGACAAAUUGGGCCUUAUUGGCUUGCUUUUCAAGUUUAUUUCUUUGUAACAUAUUAAAAGUUUUCAGUACUAUUUGAAAAGUUAAUAAUUUUACCCAAAAUAGCUUUCAAACUUCAGGUUUUACAGGAAUACUUAACCUAGAGUUUGUGAAUUUAAAAACAAAGUAUUUUGAUAACUUUCACUAUAACCAGUUUCCUUUGUAAUCCUUUAUGUAGUUUAUGCAUGACAAAACAUUCUGAAAAGGGCCCAAGACACAAAAGAGCUUAAGAACCCUUGAUUUAAAAGAAAGUCCUGUCUUCCUCAGUAACAGAACUCAAGUUUUCAUUCCUGAAGGCCUCUUACUCCAGGAGCAAAGAAUGAAUGCUAGUGGCUCACAAAAAAUGGUUCCUUCUGCAUGGAGUUUACGGCAUUCGAUACUCAUAGAGGCAAUGGCAGUGCUUUGUGGAGAGUCGAUAAGGUUACAGUCAGGUCAUCCUAUCUUACGUUCCAGAGUUUGACUUCUUUCUGGGGGAAUUAUUAAACAUAAUAACAUUGAUGUAAAGCCUUAAGCUUUGCAAAUUAUCUCACAAACAUUGUCUGAUUUGAUCUUCACAACACCCUUGGCAGGUAGGUGCUAUUUUAUAUUACUUACCUAUUCAUUUUUUUAAACCCUUACCUUACGAGUCAAUGCCGAGUAUUGGUUCCAAGUCAGAAGAGAAGUAAGGGUUAGACAGUGGGAGUUAAGUGACUUGCCCAGGGUCACACAGCUAAAAAAUGAUUGAGGACCUCUCAACCCUAGGCCUGGCUCUCAAUCUACUGAGCCACCUAGCUGGCCCCUCAUCAUCUUCCUUUGGGACUCUGGAGUAUGGAGGCAGAGUAUGGAGGUUAAGAUGACUUGCCAUGGCUCUAUCAGAAAUGCUCACAGCUGGAUUUAAGCUCUGGUCUUCCUGAUUCUAGGUCUAACACUACCUGCUGUGCCUCAUAGUUUGUUGAUUGAUACAUUCACAGGUUCCUGAAAUCGUGUUGGGGCACAGAGUAUGGGGAAGGCAUAGGGGAUUAGGCCAGUUUGGAAAAGCUAGAAAUUGAUGCAGAUAAAAAUUAUGGUAACCUUUCUGGUGUCUUUAAUUGUAGAGUAUGGUAUUAGAAUUAGUCAAAUGAGAUCGAAAGAGAUCCACAUAGAGUACUUUGUAAAACUUACAGCAUUGUAUAAAUGCAAACUACUAAUAAUUCUUAUGUGAGGGCAAGUGGAUGGAAACAAGAGAUACUGGGUUUGAAUGUGGCCUCAGAUGCUUCUUAACUGUGUGACCUUGGAAAAGUCACUUAACCCCCAAUUAUCUAGCCCUACCACCCUUUUGCCUUGCAACAGAUUAUUCUAAGACGAAAAAUUCUAAGAGUUUAAAAAUUAUUUUAUAUGGAAACCUCAAGGUCAAUUUAGUUCCAGAGUGAAGGGAAAAUAAAUUCAAUUUAGAUAGGUCUUAAAUAAGCAAAAAUAGGUAUUUGAGGAUUUGUCUGUACAUUUUGAAACUUUUAUUCAAAAAUGUACUUUCAGCAUAUAUAGCAUGGUUUCAGCCCUGAAUCUCUUCAUUUAUGUAUUUUAAAACAAACUGCCAUUUAUGAUGAUCUUGCGCCUUCAGAACCAUCAUUCUUGUAAAUGCGCUGUAUGUCUUAUGCAGGAAAGCCAACCAGUACAAGCGAUGCUUGUUGGACUGAAACAGUCAGUUGUCCUUUUAAGUUUGGUUGAUGCCACUUUGUCUUGGCUCAUCACCCUGUGCUCCUGGUAAAUGUGUCGGUCAAAGAGCCAGGUGGCAGGUACAGGGCAGCUAAAGGUAAAGCUUGAUGAGUUCAUCACUAACUGCCGAGGGUGUUAGUACCCCCAGGUCUGUGAACAACAAUGUGAUUAAGGAAGGCGGAGUGUAGUCAAUCCAGGGGUGCUCUUCUUUCAGAUCUUGGUCAGUUCCAACAGACUUUAGUGUAGCUGCUUUGUACUAAGGAGGAAAAACAAAACCUGGGAUCAAGGAACCUGAAACCACAGUUCUCUCCACUGAUACUACACAUAAACUUAUUCAGUCUUCAAUCGCCAAAACACUAAGCCAAAAACUUUGUUAGGAGAGAAGUGGCAGCAAUCUUUGAGAGAGCCAGACUGAUGGCACGAUUCCUACUUUGGAGAGGGGGUCUAUUAUUCCCUUCAAAUCUAUCAAGUGCGUGAAGAUGGCUGAUCCCAUGUCUAGCUUCAGGGAUGUCCCUUCUCCAGGACAUCUUAUGCAUUUGUCCUAUUUCAGGGCCUUAUUAUCACUGAAUGCAUAGCCUCUUGCAAUAGGUGGCUGCUAGUUCUCCCUACCUGUCUGGCCCCUUCUCUCCAACCCACCCACAAAGCUGCUGAAUGGUUAUUCUUAUUUAUUUAUUUUUAAGUAUUUUUCCAUGGCUACACGAUUCAGGUUUUCCCUCCCCCUCCCAGAGCCAACAAAGCAGUUCCACUGGGUUAUACGUGUAUUAUCACUCAAAACCUAUUUCCAUAUUUAUUUUUGCAAUAGUCAUCUUAUUAAAACCCAAACCCCAAACCAUACACUAAUAUAAACAAAUGAUAAGUCAUCUGUUUUCCUUCUGCAUUUCCGCUCCCACAGUUCUUUCUCUCCAUGCGGAUAGCAUCUUUCUCAUGAGUCUCUCAGGAUUGUCCUGGAUCACGGUAUUGCUAAUAGUAACUAAAUGGCUAUUCUUAAGACACAGCUCAAACCACAUUCCUUCUACCUCUAGCAUACAAUAUAAAAUAUUCAAUCUGGCAUUUCAAGGCUGCCCCCCACUCCAGUUGUCUUUCAAGUUAGACCCCUUCACCCAGUCUGUCACAGUCACUGGCCUGGGGGGCUGUUCCGCUCCAUCUCCCACCAUCCUUUCCACACGUCGUCUACCCAUGCACACAGUGUUCUGGCCUCUGGAUCCCCCUAGCAGUCUGCUGCUCCUCACGACAGGUUUUUGUCUCUGUCCCCAACAUCUUUACAAACCACAGGCCCUUUCACAAUUGAUCUCUGAACUGAGCUGAUAUGCUUGGUGGUGAUUUAGAAUAUCACAUAUGUACAAUUUACAGUGAUUUUCAAUAAAGAAAAUGCGUAACUAUGUGGGAGGUUAAUUAAAUUUGUAGAAUUCUGGCCCUGGAACACAUUAAAUCUCUUACCUUAAACUUA